AUGAGAACAUCAGUUCUAGCAAUACCAUAUUUCUGGGAUGAAGAAAAAGUUAAAGAAAAUUCAAAGAAAAUAGGAAGUACUACACAUGCAGAUCCUAGAUGUCAAGCAUCUGUUAAUGUAAUUGUACUUAUAUUAGCAAAAUUAUUACAAGGAAGAGAAGAUAUUGAAGAAAUAAUUAAAGAAUCAAUUUAUGAUAGUGAAAAAAUGUUAAAUGAAGAAUAUAAAAAAGAAUUUAUAGAAUACACAAAUGCUAAAACACUUGAAGAAAUAAAAUUAAAUGAAUCUAUAGGAUAUACAUUUAAACCUGUAGGAUGUGCUAUAUUAUCAUUAAGAGAAGCAUUUAAAAUGAAAGAAAAAGGAAUAGAUAAAACAAUAAUAUUUGAAAAAUUAAUUGAAAGAAUUGCAUAUGAAGGAGGAGAUGCAGAUACAAAUGGAGCAGUAGUUGGAGCAGUUCUUGGAACAUAUUUAAAAGGAAUUUGUAUGCCUAAUGAUUGGUUAGAUUUAGAUAAUAAAAAAUGGUUAGAAGAACGAUUAAAUCGUUUAUUACAUCUUUAUCAAUUAGAACCUUUUCAUUUUAAAUAA